AUGAGCGAAUCGCCCAUCGCUGUGUCGAAAAGCCCGUCUGGAAUAACGACAAUCACAAUCACCCGGCCCCAUCGCCGCAAUGCGGUGAAUCCAUCCACUGCCCGCGCCCUAUACGCUGCCUUCAUUAACUUCGAGGAAGACGCCUCUCAGAAAGUUGCCGUUUUCACCGGUUCCGAGGGGGCUUUUUGCGCUGGUGCAGACCUUGUCGAUCUGACGGCCCAAUCCAAGAAAGACCCGGCCACGCUCGAUCCGCUGGAUAGGAAUCAUCUGCAACCAGUCCAAGAUCGCAACUGCGGUCCGAUGGGUCCCUCGCGGCUGCAGGUGAAGAAACCAGUCAUCGCUGCCGUGGCGGGCCACGCCGUCGCUGGGGGUCUCGAACUGAGUCUUUUGGCUGACAUGCGGGUUGUCGAAGAGGACGCAAUAUUCGGCGUCUACUGUCGUCGCUGGGGUGUGCCCCUGAUAGACGGCGGCACAGUCCGCUUGCAGGCCAUUGUUGGCCUGGGACGGGCGUUGGAUAUGAUUCUCACCGGACGACCAGUUUCUGCGCAGGAAGCUCUGUCAAUGGGUCUAGCGAAUAGGGUCGUCCCCAAGGGCAAGGCGCUUGAAGAAGCCGCCAAGAUCGCCGAGUCGUUGCUGAGAUUUCCAAACGGGUGUAUGAAUGUCGAUCGGAAUUCAUGCUAUUAUGCGGCAUAUAACAGUGCGACUUUUGAAGAUGCAAUGAGGAAUGAAUAUGACCGCGGCGUGAAGGUGUUGCAGUCGGAAAGUAUCCCUGGUGCUGCUCGAUUUGCGGCGGGCCUAGGGAGACACGGUGGAUUUGAUAAGUUGUGA